AUGUCCGGAGCGCAAGAGCAACCACCCCAUGGCGGCGAAUACCGCCAACAUUUGCCGGACAUCAGCACACCGCGCUUCACGACGAUGAGAAGCCAAGAUGCACACGAGUAUGUGAAAGCCUUUAAAGACAGUGGGAACCCGCCGUGGCUACAUGCCCUGUAUCUCCACUGGCGGGAGAUGUUCAAAGAACCAUUCACCGGCAUCACAACGGAUGUAAAGCGUGACUUGUUCCAGUUGGAAGAUGAGGGCGUGCCGAUCCAGGAGAUCGUCAACGCCACCAACACCGUCCUGUCACAGCUCGAUGACAAUCGAAAGUCAAUACUCUCAUAUCACGUCGACUCGCCUGAGUGGCGCUCGUGGUCGAACCCGGAGUUUCUUCUGAGCGACAAGGGCAUACGCCUCGACGAGCUUGACUCAAACCUACGAGAAAGUAUUCUGAAAGUUCUCGAGACAACACUCUCGCCAGAGGGUUACGCCAAGGCGCUUGGCGCCAUGCGGAUCAACGGGUUCUUGGGCGAGCUCGUUAAGGCGCCUACCAUUUGUAACGAGUACUCUUACAAUUUUGUGUUGUUUGGAGAGCCCUCAAUAAGUCAGCCAUGGGGCUUCUCAUUCUAUGGCCAUCAUCUAUGUCUAAACAUCUUUUUGUGCAAGGGCCAGAUCGUGGCGUCACCAUGGUUCACUGGGGCGGAGCCCAACCUGAUUGAUGAAGGUCCGUAUAAGGGAACCCGUAUCUUGGAGACAGAGGAACGACUUGGUCUGCAGCUGAUGCAAUCACUCCCUGCAAGCCUCCAGCAUAAGGCACAAACUUAUAAGUUGCUUAAGGAUCCUGCGAUGCCGAAGGGAAGGUGGAAUCACGAUGAUCAAAGACACCUCUGCGGCGCAUAUCGAGACAACCGCACUGUGCCGUACGAGGGAAUUCUUGUGAAGGAUAUGAAUUCUGAGCAACAACAGCUCGUAAUCGGUAUCCUGAACCAGUACCUUAUCUAUCUCCCUCAAAGGGCCAGGGAAAUAAGAAUGAACCACAUCAAAUCAUGGUUCCAUGAGACGUAUUUCAGCUGGAUAGGAGGAUUCAGCAAUCAGGACCCUUUCUACUAUCGUAUUCAAAGCCCGGUGGUCCUGAUUGAGUUUGACCAUCACUCUGGCGUCUUCUUAACCAACAGUGAGCCGGCCAAGUUCCACAUCCACACUCUUCUCCGAAUACCAAAUGCUGGGGACUACGGAAUGGCCCUCAGACCACUAAUUCCUGGCAUCGACCAAGACUUUGUAUGGGAAGGCUAG